AUGGCUGCCCAAGUCAAGCACAACGUCGUCUGUAUCGUCAUCGACGGCUGGGGUGUCUCCCCCGAAGAGAACCACCGUGGUGACGCCAUCUUCAACGCCAAAACCCCUUACAUGGACAAGUUCGAGAAGGAAUACCCCUACACCACCCUCGGCGCACACGGCCUCGACGUCGGCCUCCCCGACGGCCUCAUGGGUAACUCCGAGGUCGGACACUUGAACAUCGGUGCCGGUCGUGUUGUCUACCAGGAUAUUGUCCGCAUUGAUCUUGCUGCCUCUAAGGACCAGUUCGGCAAGUUGGAGAACAUCAAGGCCUCGUUCGAGCACGCCAAGGCCGGUAACGGUCGUCUCCACCUUAUGGGUCUCGUCUCGGACGGUGGAGUCCACAGCCACCAGAACCACCUCAACGCUCUUUUGGAUGCUGCCAAGGCAGCGCAGGUUCCCGAGGUGUACAUCCACUUCUUUGGCGACGGUCGUGACACCUCCCCCCGCUCUGCUGCUGGCUACAUGAAGCAGUUGGUUGAGAAGACCGAGUCGAUCAAUUACGGCAAGAUCGCCACCAUCUGUGGUCGCUACUAUGCCAUGGAUCGCGAUAAGCGUUGGGAGCGUGUCAAGAUCGCUGUCGAUGGACUUGUCAGUGGUGAGGGCGAGAAGGCCUCUGAUCCCGUCCAGGCUAUUGAAGACAACUACAAGAAGGACAUUACCGACGAGUUUUUGAAGCCCAUUAUCAUCAACGAGCAGGGAUUGAUUGGCGAUAACGAUACCAUCUUCUGCUUCAACUACCGCUCGGACCGCAUGCGCGAGAUCUCGUCCGUCUUGGGCAUCGCCCCCGCCCCCAUGGAGGUCAAGCUCCCUAAGAACCUCCACAUCACCACCAUGUCCCAGUACAAGGGCGACUUCCCCUUCCCCGUUGCCUUCCCUGCCCAGUCCAUGACCAACGUCCUUGCUGAGUGGCUCGCCAAGGAGAAGGUCGCCCAGUGCCACGUUGCUGAGACCGAGAAGUACGCCCACGUCACCUUCUUCUUCAACGGAGGCUCCGAGGCCCAGUUCGACGGUGAGGACCGUGACCUGAUCCCCUCGCCCAAGGUCGCCACCUACGACUUGAAACCUGAGAUGUCUGCUGCUGCUGUCGGUGAGAAGGUUGCCGAAGAGAUCGAGACUGGCAAGUACCCCUUCAUCAUGUGCAACUUUGCCCCUCCCGAUAUGGUCGGACACACUGGAAUUUACGAGGCUGCCAUCAAGGGAGUCGAGGCUACUGAUGCUGCUAUCGGAACCAUCUACGAGGCCUGUGUCAAGCACAACUACAUCCUUUUCAUCACUGCCGACCACGGUAACGCCGAGAAGAUGUUGUCGGAUGACUUCUCGACCCCCCACACUGCCCACACCUGUGCCCGUGUGCCCUUUGUCAUGACCAGCAAGACCCAUAAGUUCAACGACGCCAAUGGUGCCCUCUGCGACGUUGCCCCCACCAUGCUCCGCGUCAUGGGCUUGGACGUUCCCUCCGAGAUGAACGGUCAGAGUUUGCUCCAGGAUUGA